AUGACAUCAGAUAUUGGUUCAAUGAAUUCAAGCGUGGCCGAACAUCCGUUUUUGAUGAAGAGCGUCGUCCGAUUGAAAUGGAUUACGGAGAAUAUGGUCAACAAAAUCCAUGAUAUCGUGUUAGCAGACCGGGUGAAAAUCAGAGAGAUUGCUGACAUUGUAAAUAUCUCAAUUGCGUACAAAACGCGCACAAAAUAUCCUACAGGAAAAAUUUGGCAUGAGAAAGCUAUCGGUGAGAUGGGCGUUUGUUCACGGAAUCGCAUGACAACUUCGGAGCACUGUUUGGACAUGUUUAAGCGCAAUCCGAAAGAGUUUCUGCGGCGUUUCAUCACUGUUAACGAAACAUGGAUCCAUCAAUACAUGCCAGAAACGAAAGAAUAG